AACGAGGAAGCAGACGCUCUGAGAGCUGAGCGGAGCUAGCAAAGCAAAGAUAGCAGGUCCGAAAAACAAAACACCGGUUUUACCCUCUCUGCAGACACCGUGACAGUUUUGUAAAUCGCCUCUUUGUUCCAGGGUUGUGCUGAUGCAGGAGGGUAGGCGGGUACCAUGUUGACCGAGCUUUUUGAAUUUGGAGGCGCUUUCUUCCGCCGGAUUGAAGAGGAUGAUGAUGUCGGUGGGACUCGCUAGUUUCGCCUGAGCUCCUUUCAACACCGCUCCUGCCUCAUAAGUUGGCCGUAGGAAACCCAGCUCGGGGAAUGGCUAUGCACUGUACUGGAUCGUUCCAGGACCCCGCACAGGGCACAGGGGACCGGGGGGAGCUGGUGCACACAUUAUCUAAAGAGACCCCCGGGUCUCCAAAUGCCUCGGAGUUGGGGAGCCCUCGCAGUACACCAAAUUUUGACCUCCUCAAUAUGGUUGUAUCCUAUAAGAGGAUGGCUCUAUUUGUAGAACCGGUUACAGAUGCAGUGGAGCUCAUUCGCUUCCUGCUUGGAUGGAAGAUGCCAUUAUGUUCUCUGCUUGUUUGUAUUUUCCUCAAUGUCGUCUUCUGCACAGUUAAUGAAGUCGGUUGGUUCACUGUGAGUUUAGCAGCAGUAUCGAUGCCGGCUGCCCUGGGCUACCUGCAGGACAGGUGUAGAGGGAGAGCCUCAGAAGCUGAGCUUCAGAAGAGGCGCUUUCACGCUGUGCAUCGCAGAGACCUUCAGAUAGUUCAUCUCACCAAACAGGAGGCCAUGUUGGAAGUCAAAGACCUGUUGAAGCAGCUGGAUGACUUGCUGUCCUCUGCUUGUCAGUCAGCAGAAGCUGCUUACAAAGUCUUGUACUGGGAUAAUCAUACCAAGUCAUCAAGGUUCUAUGGAGGGAUGUUAGUCAUGGUGUGUCUACUCUAUGUUGCUCCUGUGGCCUGGGUGCUUGCUGGACUCAACAGUGUCAUCUUUCUGUGGAACAGAGACUUUUGCAGAGUUUAUUGGAGCUUAAGAAACUUUCACAUGGAGACCCAGACCUCAGAAGGGGUGUGUGAAGAACAAGAACAAGGCAACUUAUUGGAGAGGACCCCCACACCGACUAGUCUGGAGGAUCUGUCUCCUGGCAGUAUAGAAGAAGCUGAGGAAGCUGAGCCUGAUGAAGAAUUUAAGGAUGCUAUUGAGGAGGAUGAUGAUGGGCCCCUUGGAACUCCCGAGUAUGACACAAUUUCUGAAAAUGGUCUUCUAAGCCGAAAUGAACCAAUACGCAGCAAGGUGUCAAAACUGACUGAGAAACUGCGUAAACGCUAUCCCACGGCUGUCACAGGCAACUGUUCUAACUGCAAUGCUGUCUUCUCAGUUCUAAGAAAGCAGAGGAACUGCAGUAACUGUGGCAACAGCUUCUGCUCUCGAUGCUGUUCCUUUAAGGUGCUCAGAUCUUUUAUGGGGGCAACAGCUCCAGAAGCACAGAGAGAGACCGUGUUUGUUUGUGCUACUUGUAAUUCGUCUCUCAUCAGGAGUCCUUUCGGUGUUGGCCCUGAGCCUGUAAUGGAUCCUGACCCACAUGCCUUUGUGUUCAAGUUAAGGCACUUCUGUGAAGAAACAUCCCAUGUGGAACUCCUACACCCCUUUGCCUUUGUUAGUUCCUCCUUAGCUUCUCUUGUUGCUUAUGGGAUUUCUUCUAUUACUGUUCGAUAUUUCCUGUUUCAGCUAUCAGUGAAGGACUAGAUCUUAUUAAUCAAAGAGACUCAGUGCAGUACACAGUGGCUCUAAAAUCAAAGGACCUUUUUCCCUCUUUUUGAGAAGGACCAAUCAUGCACAGUGGUAACCACAACUCAGCUAGUAGUGAUUGGUGGUAAAAAUAAGCAAAAGGAUGUCAUGUCAACGGCUUUGCUUUUACAAGCGUUGCCUCUCGAUAAAGUUGAUGGCACUUGAAUGUUGAUGUCUUAAGGCCUGUUUGGCAGUUUAAUGAUAUUGUAAUGCUGAAAGGACAUUUCUAUAUGAACAAAACUAAGGCCGCUUUAUAAAUCUGGCUUUCAGACUGAUGAGUAUGCUGUGGGACACAGCUUGAAUUCUACUCAAAGUUGUUCAAAAGAACAAGAUGAUGCCACUACACCUUGUUGUCCAUCUGUCACCAGUAUCAUGUGAUGAGUUGUGGGUUUGUCCAAGAUUGAAGUAAACUUUGUAAGGCCUGAGUCACAAAGGCCUGGAGACCAGCCACCACCUAGUAACUUCAGGUACAAGGGAAUGUGUAUUCCCCAACCAAUUGCCAGAAGGCUGCACCAAAAACCUUUUUGGGAUUGCUUCAGUUGCUGGUAGAUUACUAUGGUCACCAGUAGUUUGCAUAGAAGACACCAACUUGUUGCUGUAACUUGUAAUGAAAACUGAAAAUGGAAAAAGUUCACCUUCAAGGUAAAAGUUUUGCUUUAGUGGAACCAACUUACUGAAACGAACACAUUUCAAAAGGCUCAACUUUUGAAAGGGAACGUUCUUCGUUUCCGGUGUGUGUGUGUGUGUGUCUCAGUUUCACUCCCACUUGGUGAGAAGUUUGCGAGUGGUGAUCAUGGCAGCCUGCUAACAACCUAAGAAAUUGGUCGCAAAGAGAAUGAAAACUCUUUGCAACCCAUUUCAGUUAGCAACUGCAAGCAGCAUCCACCAUGAACAGCAGCCACUCGCCAACUGGUUGUGAUUACACAGUUUUCCCUAGCAGCUGGUGGUUACCAGGGGUUACUGACUGCUUGAGACCUGAGUGAAUAGAGCUCAGCAAUCAAUUUCACAGCGACUGCCAGCAACCACUUGCCAACAUUUUUAUCUUGUGACUGGUGGUUGUCAAAUGAUUUCCAGCAGGUCUCUAGGCCUGUGUGACUAAGGCCUAACAAGGCCUGCAGUGAAUUUCAUGACACUGUGGUCUUGUUGAGGGCAGGGACUGAGCCUUUUGUGAAGUUUUUCAGACCAGUUCCCUCUUGUAAUAAUCUAAUAGCUGCUGCAUUUCAUUUGUCGUGUUUUCCUAUGUGGACGUUCAAGUUUUAUUGGAGUCUACAGCAGCCCAGCCAAGGUCUUUUGAGCUCAUGUUUUUCCUCUGACUGGAUCGAGUCAGCCCAACUGGAUUAAAAUUAUUUAAGUGGAGCAAAAAACCAACUAAAACUGUUAUCAGAACUUCACACUCUUGCAAGCAGGACGUGACUUUAAGAACUCAUGUAGAGGCACUGAAACCCAGGACCUGGAACCUGGUGGCAAAAUUGUUUUAAAUCAUGUUUCAGACACAGAUGAUUGUAACUGUUUGCUUUGCUUUUACUGUAAUCAUAUAUAAGCUUACUGUAAAUAGUUCUAAUUGUUCUAUAUCUAAUAUAUUUAAUUUAAAACUCAUGAAAGUGCAAGUUAUUAUUUGAUCUGGUUAAUUCUGUAUAUAUUGCCCAGGAUUUUAAAGGUUAAAUUAUGCCAUUAUCGAAAUAAAC